AGAUGAAGUCUAUGGCUCGAAGGUGGUCACGAUGACUCGAGCUGGUCUUUUGAUCUUCUGCUCUCUUCUUACCAGGACGCUAUGUGUCAUAGCACCGCAGAUACCAAUAGAUUUCAAGAGCGGUGACAAGAAAAUUAUCAGCGUUCCCUUCUGGCACGAAGCGUUUACGGAAAUAUACGAGGAAUUAAACGAAGAUGACGUAUCUACGACAACCAGCGAGCCAUUGCCGUUCUUUGAAGAUGAUGCGUCCACGAAUAAUGUGACGGCGCAGCUUGGUAGCAGAGUGCAUUUGCAUUGCAGAGUUCAUGAUUUGGGCGAGAAAACGAUCUCCUGGGUCCGACGUCGCGGGGAAGAUCUUCAUCUUCUUUCCUUCGGGCGUCAUACGUACUCGGCAGACUCGAGAUACUCCCUAGCAUUUGAACAUCCCAACGACUGGCGAUUGCUUAUUCAGUACGUCAGCGAAAGGGAUGAAGGAUUCUACGAAUGUCAAAUUUCAACGCACCCGCCGUUGGUUAGAAGAGUACACCUUAGUGUUGUCGUGCCAAAAGUGGAAAUUGUAGAUGAGCGAGGUCGACCUCUUCAAGACAAGUUCUACAAAGAAGGCUCAAUCAUUGAACUGCGGUGCGUCGUCAGCGAGGUCCCGCAACCAGCUAGGCAGGUCAAUUGGAAACACGGGACUAGAUUGCUGAAUUAUGAUACCAAGAGAGGUGGUGUUAGCGUAAAGACAGAAGCGACCUCCAACGGUGCUCUAUCGCGUCUCUACAUUGCAAACGCGAACAGAAACGACUCUGGGAACUAUACUUGCUCGUUGGCAGACGUCGCCACUUCGGCUGUCUCCGUGCAUGUCCUAAGAGGAGAAAACCCACUCGCAAUGCAACGGGGCGGCGCUGGAAUACCAACAUAUUCGUUGCUAGUAUUAUUAGUAAUUGUUAUAAGCUGACAUUUAGUUGGCGCGCAAUGAGCGCGCUAUUUGUAAAAAUAUGCUAUAUACCUGUUAUUUAAUCGCUAUAGUCUAACUUUCAUGGUGCGCUGAUAGAAUAUUUAAAGAGUUACUCAACGAUCUCUCGGC